AUGUUUGGUUUUCACAAAUCGAAGAUCUACCGCAGCCACGAGGGUUGUUGUAUUUGCAAGACGAAGUCAUCCAGUUCGCGGUUCACGGACAGCAGUAGAUACGAGGAUACGUUUCGACUUUGUUUUGGUUUAAUGGAAGACCGAGUUGGCGACAUCUGCAAUGCUUGUGUUUUACUGGUCAAGAGAUGGAAAAAACUACCUCAUGGUUCCAAGAAGAAUUGGAGACAUGUUGUGGAUGCGAGAGCAGGACCUGGAUUUAAACUCAGCAAACCGAAAAAGCCAAAAAGCACUGACGGCAAAAAGAAAAGCAAACUGAAGAAGCUCCACAAACUCAAAAGACAAAAUUCUGAUGCUCACAGUACAACAUCCAGCAUGUCUCCAGCCCAGUCACCAAGCUACAACAUCCUGUCUGAUGACAGUUCAGACACUGAGUCCAAGCGGAGGCGUUCCACUCCAUCAGUCUUCUCCUUUCUGGAUCUCUCUUAUUGGAAGAGACAGAAGGUGUGCUGUGGGAUUGUCUACAAAGGUCGUUUUGGAGAGGUGAUGAUUGACCCGAGACUCUUCAAACCCUGCUGUAGCUCCAAGAAGCAGGAGACCUUCACACCGAUGCUGGAGACACACAUCGGCGACAUGCAUCAUCCCAUUAGACACCAUCCUGAUGUACCCUCCCCUGAGCUGGAAGAGGAACAAACACAAAGCUUAUGA